AUGGGGUUACCUCGUGUAUAUUUUGAUAUAUCGGCUGAUGAUAAAUCAUUAGGUCGUAUCAUAAUGGAAUUACGAACAGAUGUAGUUCCAAAAACAGCAGAAAAUUUUCGCGCCCUUUGUACGGGAGAAAAAGGUUUUGGAUAUAAAGGAAGUAUCUUCCACCGAGUAAUUCCUAAAUUUAUGUGUCAAGGUGGAGAUUUUACUAAUCAUAACGGCACAGGAGGAAAAUCAAUUUAUGGAGAAAAAUUUGAAGAUGAAAAUUUUGAAUUAAAACAUAUUGGUCCUGGCAUAUUAUCCAUGGCAAAUUCUGGACCUAAUACCAAUGGUUCUCAAUUUUUUUUAACUACUAUAAAGACUACUUGGUUAGAUAAUAAACAUGUAGUUUUUGGUUCUGUAGUGGAUGGUAUGGGUGUAAUAAAAAAAAUUGAAAGUUAUGGUUCUCAAACUGGAAAAACUCAUCAAAAAAUUGUGAUUACCAAUUGUGGUCAACUCUAAAAUAUUUUAGUUUAAUUAUUUAUAAUAUAUUGUAUACAUAUAUACAUAAUAUAUGUAUAUAUAUACAUACAUAUAUACAUAUAUUUUUUUUUCUUAUUAAAAUAUAUCCAUUAAAUUUUUUUAAAAAUGAAUAUAAUAUAGAACAAGCAACAAUAAAUAGAAUAAUUUAUUUUAUAUGUGAAAAUAAUUGACAAUAUCAUAUUUUCUCUUUUUAACAUAUUCUUUCAUUCAUAUAUUUGCAUUAGAAUUUGCUUCAUAUAAAAUAUAUCAUUAAUUUGUAACGUGCAAAUAAUUGAAAAAUAAAAGAAUAUAAAAAAUGAAAAGAUUAUAAAAAUAAGUGCACUUUUUUCAUAUUUCAAUAAAAUGUAAAAAUAGUAUAAAUGAAUUAUUAAGUUUAUCAAUUUUAUAUAUAUAGAUUUAAUUCUCAAAUUUUACAAAUAUAUUUAAAUUCAUACAUAUUCAUACAUAUAUGUAUAUACAUAUAUACAAAAUACAUUCAUACAACUAUAUAUAUAUAUAUAUAUAAAAUAUAUCAUAAAAGAAAGAAAAUUAUUUGCAAUGAGUAUAGCAUUUUAUAUAGCAAUUCAUUAUAGAAUUAAAUUCAGAUAUUAAAUUCAUAAUUGAACAAUUUAAAUAAAUGCAUCAGCAAAUAACAAUAUAACAAGUUAUAAAUUGUUAAAAUGUCAAUCAAUACAUAUGGGUAAAUUAACCAUGAAAAAUAUAUUAAGUUCCAAGAUAGAAGCGAAUACUAAAAAAAUGAUAUACAUAGUAAGACAAAUUAUUCCAACGGAUCGUGUUAAUUUAAAUUUUCCAACUAAAAGAGAUAAAUAAAGGACGGUAAGAGUAGAAAAUAAUGAUAUGGAGCUAUAAACUAAUCCUUGAGAAUUAAUUGUUACAUAAUGAUUGCCAGGUUCUUUUGAAAAAAGUGCUGCUUUUAAAAACCAAGGUAAUCCAAGGCAAAGCAAUACAUCGAAUACAUUUGAACCAAUUGAAUUACUGAUGCCCAUAGCUCCAUGUCCUAAAAAUUAGAAGAAUUAUAUGUCAAUUACUAAAUUUUAUAAAACAUAUAAUUUUAAUUCAAAAAUAUUAAAAUAAAAUAUUAGAAUAAAAAAAAUAAUCAUUAAUUAGGAAUAUCAAGAAAUUUUACUUUAAUUAUAAAUAUUCAUGUAUAAAAUUGUUGACACAGUACAUUAAAUAUCUAUUAUACAAAUAAUAUUAGUUAUCUAUAUAUAAGAAAAAUGAAAUAAAAAUUAUUAUUAUUAUUAUUAUCGUAACUUAGCAUGUUAAUAUCACGAUUUUUAUUCGAUACUUAUUUUUUGAUUUUUUAUUCGAUAUUUUUUGAUCGAUUUAAUGAUUAUUAUGAUAAAUGAUAGUGAAGGGUCAUCGAUCGUUUUCGAAAUAGAAAUAGCUUGUUCAAAUAAAAAUUAAUUUUAAUCGAUAUCCCAUGUUAAUACUAAAUCAAAAAGUCAACAUAUAAAAAGAAUAAAAUUACCUUGAUUCGCAACAAUAACACUCGAUACAGCCUCCGGUACACUCAUUCCUGCCGCAAGGAAAGUUAAUCCCAUUAUAGAAUCGGGAAUCCUAAAUGUAUCGCCUAAAAUAACAUUCAUUAUCACAUAAUAUGAAAUAUAUAGUCCAUAUUUAACUAUUUUUUGUAUUUGAUAUGCAUUUAUUAUAUAUGCUUAUGUCAUAUUAUUAUAUUUUUUGUAACUACUAAUUAUAAAUAUUUAUUAAAAAUAAAAUUUGACCAAUUAAAUAGACGAAA